UGAAACAACAGCCGUUAAAUGAAUCCCCCCCACCCCCCGCGUGCCUGCGCAGGGAAUAUAUGUAUGGAAAAGAUCAUGGGAAGCUUUCACACCCUUCUCAUUGGCUCAGAAGUCAGAGAGAUCCCCGUCAUAUAAAGCGAGAGUGUCUGAUCUAGCAGCCCUUUUCCCGCUGGCAAGCGUUUUGGAUCACACUUGGACUUCGCCUCACGGGAAAACACCUUUUACGCACAGUGCGCUUGGAGACUUUUGGAGAGGGUAGUGCAGACGAGCGCAGCCGGGGAUCACAUUUUCGAAGGAAAAGCGUUAUACAGCCAACAGAGAUACUGUGAGCUGAAGCGUCUGAGUGGGCAUGUGGCUAUUGGAGAAGCUCCGUAGCUCUGUGGAGAGCAGUGGGACACACUCCCAUCCCCCGCAGACAGUCGAGGCCAUUCCUGUCUCUGUUUAUGCCAACGUCUUAACUCCAGAAAAGAUCCCUGAUUUCUUCAUCCCCCCCAAACUUAUUUGCUGCCCACCAGAAGAGUCUCUUACCCCAGAACCACAGCACUGCUCCACAUUACGGCCCUCUGUGUCUGACCAUGCCAUCUGCAGCCAGAGCCCCAGAGCUCGGAGCAGCAAGAACCCCUGCAGCCCUCAUCUCUUUUCCCGCCUGGGGGGAGACGCACGCAAUCUCCAGAAGUCAGCCAACCGUCACAUCAUCCAAAUAGAGAGUGCUGAUGAGCCAGGUGCCGGAUCUGUGGACAGGGUCAGUGUCAACACCAAUGCUGACCCCCAGUCACAGACUGCCAUGUCUCUGCCGUAUGUCCCCAAGGCUCAGACCUCUUAUGGCUUCUCCACCCUGGUGGAGUCUCCUCAUACUCGCCGCAAGGAGAGCCUGUUCCACAGCGACCCCAGCAGCCCUCUCACCUCCCCGAACUCCCAGAGACGCUCCCAGGGGGGGACUCUUCUAGCCCCAGCUGACCCCAACCCCUACCGCUAUUUCAGCGGUGGGGAGAGCGACACCUGCUCCUCGGCAGAGUCCUCCCCCUUCACCUCCCCUCUCCUGUCCCGCUCUGCCUCUCUCAUACGCUCUAUCACCCAGCAGACACAAGCCAAGGUGUCGCGUGCCAAGCGCUCCCUGGCGCGCCACAGUUCUCUCUCCACGGAUGAUUGCAGCUCAGCAGACAACAGCCCCAACAUGCAGCGCCGCCACACGCGCUGCCCUCCCUCUCCCGCCUUCCGUGGAUGUAAAAGCGGUAGCUCGAGGAGCGCAGCGUCGAACCUCCUGCAGCGCGAGCACACCGUCAACCUCCACAAGGGGGGGACACUGAAGCUGAGCACCCACUAUGACCCAGAGGCAGCUCUGCUGAGGGUGCGCAUACUCGCAGCCGAGGCCCUUUAUGACAGGCAGACGGACAUUAAAAGCAUCAACUGCUGUGUGGCACUCUACCUAAACCCUGGCAAGCAGCAGAAACAGAGAAGCACCAUCAUCAAGAAUAGCAGGAAUCCGGUAUUCAACGAAGACUUUUUUUUUGACUCGCUGCCAAAGGCACAGGUAAAGAGUCUGGCCCUGAAGAUAAAGGUAGUGAACAAAGGAACCAGUCUGAGGAGAGACGUGCUUCUAAGAGAAAGAGAGGUGCUGCUCAGCGAGCUGCUCUCGGGCCUCUAGGGAGCACCUGUCAAGACUUCGGCUGAAACAAGGAGCUGCACAUCUUGUGGGCCCUUUUCUUCUUUCUUCUGGCUACCUUUUCUAUCCCACUGCACAGAUCUGAUAAAUACUGGGCAUGUGAAAACAUCUUGCACACAUCUUGCACACUGUUUUAUGUACAUCAAUGGACAAUAAAACUGAAGCCUCUGUAGAAAUAAAAGUCCCGCUCUAUCAAGUUGUCAUCACUUGCUUUUUUGUUUUUCAAAGGUCUGUCCAGGUUAAACAAGUGAAACCAGCAUUAUUUACAGGCUUAGCAGUAUAUUAGCAACGUGAACCGUGGAGCUGUUGUCCUUGU